AUAUGUCUUCGGAAAUCUUGAUUUGGCAUACUGGUCCUAAUUAACCUAUCAAAUUUUCUCAAACCCCAUAGCUGCAAAUUAAGAGCACGACGUUGGUCUCUAUAAUGGGAUUGCCCUGCUUCAACCUCUGCAUGACGAUCCCCUUGGUCGUCUCCUUGAUGAUCACCUUUCUUAGCCAAACCGGAACUGAAGCUGCUGCAACUUACCUCUACCAUGUAUGCCCAAACACAACCACUUUCACCGCCAACAGCACGUACCAAUCAAGCCUCAAUCGCCUCCUUGCUUCCCUCACCUCCAACGCCACAAGCAGCACAGGGUUCUACAAUACCACCGCCUCUUCGCCGAACUCCGUCGACACGGUCUACGGCCUCUUUCUCUGCCGCGGCGACAUCUCCGCCAACGAAUGCCGAGACUGCGUUUCCGGGGCAACUGAAGACGUAGUUGAACGGUGCCCCAAUGCAAAAGACGCCGUGGCUUGGUACGAAUACUGCAUGUUACGCUACGCAAAACAAUACUUCUUCUCCAGCAUGGUCACUGACCCUGGCAUUUACAUGUCAAACACGAUUAAUAUAUCGGAGCCAAGCCGGUUUGACCAGCUGGUGAGGACAACGAUGAACGACGUGGCAAGCGGGAUUUCAAAAGUUGGGUCUGUUGCCAAAAAGUUUGGAACGAAAGAAGCGAAUUUCACAACGUUGCAAACACUACACACCCUUGGCCAGUGCACGCCGGACCUCUCGGGAUCUGAUUGUAAUAGCUGUCUCCAGAGAGCGAUAGAGAGUCUACCAGGUUGUUGUGGGGGAAAGCAAGGAGGCAGAGUUCUGUUUCCUAGUUGUAACGUCAGGUUUGAAGUGUACCCGUUUUACAAGUCAUCAAACACAUCGACCCCAACACCUUCUACUCCAGCACUUGUUCCUCCACCUCCUGGAUCGGUAACUCCUAAAGAAAAAGAUCAAAUCUCAACGGUGACAAUUAUUGCCAUUGUCAUUCCGAUUUCUCUCUUGAUUCUGCUAUUCGUUGCCGGCUACUGCUUUCUUAUUAGUAGGAGAGCAAGAAAGAAGUACGAUGCUAUACAGGAAGAAAAUGGUGCUAAUGAUAUUACAACUGUAGAGUCCUUGCAAUUUGAUCUUGCUACAAUUGAAAUUGCCACCAACAAGUUUUCAGAUGAUAAUAAACUUGGUGAAGGCGGAUUUGGUGCGGUUUAUAAGGGUAUACUUCCUAAUGGACAAGAAAUAGCUGUGAAGAGGCUAUCGAGAAGUUCUGGACAAGGAAAAGAAGAAUUUAAAACCGAGAUUAUAUUAGUAGCCAAGCUUCAACAUAGAAAUCUUGUAAGGCUAUUGGGAUUUUGCUUGCAAGGAGAAGAAAAGAUUCUUGUCUACGAAUUUGUGCCCAACAAAAGCCUCGACUACUUUUUAUAUGAUCCUGCAAGUCAAAAACGACUUGAUUGGUCAAGCCGUUAUAAUAUUAUUGGAGGGAUCGCUCGAGGGCUUCUCUAUCUUCACGAAGAUUCUCGACUUAGAAUUAUACAUCGUGAUCUUAAAGCCAGUAAUGUUUUGUUAGAUGGAGACAUGAAUGCAAAAAUUUCAGAUUUUGGGAUGGCAAAGAUUUUUGGAGUUGAUCAAACCCAAGGAAACACAAAUAGGGUUGUCGGCACAUAUGGUUACAUGGCUCCAGAAUAUGCUAUGCAUGGACAAUUCUCCGUAAAGUCCGACGUAUAUAGUUUUGGUGUCCUAAUUCUUGAAAUUAUAAGUGGCAAGAAAGUUAGUUCUUUCUGUCAAUCAAAUGGUGAAGACGACCUUUUCAGCUAUGCCUGGAAACACUGGACGAAUGGAACGCCGUUGAAAGUGUUGGAUCCAAAUUUGGAAAAUUCUUACUCAAGAGAUCAAGUCGUCAGAUGUCUCCAUGUUGGCGUACUGUCUGUGCAGGAUGAUCCAGCUGACAGACCUACCAUGGCAUCCAUAGUUCUCAUGCUUAACAGUCACUCUGCUUCUUUCCCAUCACCUCUUCGACAACCAUCAUAUUUCCUUCAUAGUCGAACAAAGGAAAAGCCAUUAGGCGAGCUGGAAUCAGAUCAAUCUAUUACAAGCAAAUCAACGCCUUUGUCUGUCAAUGAAGCAUCGAUUAGUGAAUUAUACCCUCGAUAUGUUCAUGGGCAUAUUUUUGCUCUUGUUGUAAUGGUUUGUGGAACUGAGUUUACCGUUUUGAUAGUUUCUGGUUUUAUAAAGGACGAUCCAGCUGAUAGACCCACUAUGGCAUCCAUAGUUCUCAUGCUUAAUAGUCACUCUGCUUCUUUGCCCUCACCUCUUCGACAACCGUCAUAUUUCCUUCAUAGUCGAACAGAGCAAAAGCCAUUAAAUGAGCUGGAAUCAGAUCAAUCUACUAUAAGCAAAUCAACGCCAUUGUCUGUCAAUGAACUGCAAAUUAAGAGCAUGACGUUGGUCUCUAUAAUGGGAUUGCCCUGCUUCAACCUCUGCAUGACGAUCCCUUUGGUCUUCUCCUUGAUGAUCACCUUUCUUAGCCAAACCGAAACUGAAGCUGCUGCAACUUACCUCUACCAUGUAUGCCCAAACACAACCACUUUCACCGCCAACAGCACGUACCAAUCAAGCCUCAAUCGCCUCCUUGCUUCCCUCACCUCCAACGCCACAAGCAGCACAGGGUUCUACAAUACUCCCGCCUGUUCGCCGAACUCCGUCGACACGAUCUGCAUGACGACCCUUUUGGUCUUCUCCUUGAUGAUCACCUUUCUUAGCCAAACUGGAACUGAAGCUGUUGCAACUUACCUUUACCAUUCCUGCGGAUCAUUUGGUUCAACCAAUUUCACCGCCAACAGCACCUAUGAAUCCAACCUUAAUCACCUCCUCGCAUCCCUCUCCUCCAACGCCACCCGAGCCACGGGAUUCUACAACACCACCGCCUCUUCGCCGAACUCCGUCGACACGGUCUAUGGCCUCUUCCUCUGCCGCGGCGACGUCUCCACCGACGCAUGCCGAGACUGCGUUUCCGGCGCAACUAAAGACGUAGUUGAACGCUGCGCCAAGGCAAAAGACGCCGUGGCUUGGUACGAAUACUGCAUGUUACGCUACGCAAAACAAUACUUCUUCUCCAGCAUGGUCACCGACCCUGGCACUUACAUGUGGAGCACAGUUAAUAUAUCGGAGCCAAGCCGGUUUGAUCAGCUGGUGAGGACAACGAUGAACGACAUGGCAAUCGGGAUUUCAAAAGUUGGGUCUGCUGCCAAAAAGUUUGGAACGAAAGAAGCGAAUUUCACAGCGUUGCAAACGCUGUACACCCUCGGCCAGUGCACGCCGGACCUGUCGGGUUCCGAUUGUAAUAGCUGUCUCCAGAGAGCGAUAGCGAGUCUGCCGGGUUGUUGUGGGGGAAAGCAAGGGGGCAGAGUUCUGUUUCCUAGUUGUAACGUCAGGUUUGAAGUGUACCCGUUUUACCAGUCAUCAAACACAUCGGCGCCAACACCUUCUACUCCACCACUCAUUCCUCCACCUCCUGGAUCAGUAACAACAUCCAAAGGAAAAGAUCAAAUCUCAACGGAGAUAAUUAUUGCCAUCGUCGUUCCGAUUUCUCUCUUGAUUCUGCUAUUUGUUGCUGGCUCCUGCUUUCUAAUUAGUAGGAGAGCAAGAAAAAAGUACGAUGCUAUACAGGAAGAAAAUGCUGCUAAUGAUAUUACAACUGUAGAGUCCUUGCAAUUUGAUCUUGCUACAAUUGAAAUUGCCACCAACAAGUUUUCAGAUGAUAAUAAGCUUGGUGAAGGGGGAUUCGGUGCGGUUUAUAAGGGUAUACUUCCUAAUGGACAAGAAAUAGCUGUGAAGAGGCUGUCGAAAAGUUCUGGACAAGGAAAAGAAGAAUUUAAAACCGAGAUUAUAUUAGUAGCCAAGCUUCAACAUAGAAAUCUUGUAAGGCUAUUGGGAUUUUGCUUGCAAGGAGAAGAAAAGAUUCUUGUCUACGAAUUUGUGCCCAACAAAAGCCUCGACUACUUUUUAUAUGAUCCUGCAAUUCAAAAACAACUUGAUUGGUCAAGCCGUUAUAAUAUUAUUGGAGGGAUCGCUCGAGGGCUUCUCUAUCUUCACGAAGAUUCUCGACUUAGAAUUAUACAUCGUGAUCUUAAAGCCAGUAAUGUUUUGUUAGAUGGAGACAUGAAUGCAAAAAUUUCAGAUUUUGGGAUAGCAAAGAUUUUUGGAGUUGAUCAAACCCAAGGAAACACAAAUAGGGUUGUCGGCACAUAUGGUUAUAUGGCUCCAGAAUAUGCUAUGCAUGGGCAAUUCUCCGUAAAGUCCGAUGUGUAUAGUUUUGGUGUCUUAAUUCUUGAAAUUAUAAGUGGCAAGAAAGUCAGUUCUUUCUAUCAAUCAAAUGGUGAAGACAACCUUUUCAGCUAUGCCUGGAAACACUGGACAAAUGGAACGCCGUUGAAAGUGUUGGAUUCAAGUUUGGAAAAUUCUUACUCAAGAGAUCAAGUCAUCAGAUGUCUCCAUGUUGGUGUACUGUCUGUGCAGGACGAUCCAGCUGAUAGACCCACCAUGGCAUCCAUAGUUCUCAUGCUUAACAGUCACUCUGCUUCUUUGCCAUCACCUCUUCGACAACCAUCAUAUUUCCUUCAUAGUCGAACAAAGGAAAAGCAAUUAAACGAGCUGGAAUUAGAUCAAUCUACUACAAGCAAAUCAAUGCCAUUGUCUGUCAAUGAAGCAUCGAUUAGUGAAUUAUACCCUCGAUAG